AUGUUAGCAGAUCGUAAAAGAAGAAAAAUAACUGUUUACAAUUCAGAUACUGACGAAAAAGAAACAAUAAAUCCCUCAGGAGUAAGAAAAAUACCUGAUCUUUUUAAACAAUCUGCUAAAAUCUAUUAUGAAGCAGGUGAAAAUGGAGAUAUUGGACAUUAUUUUACUGGUAGAGGAACAGAAACAUAUAUACAGAUCAAUGAACGGAAAGAUUGUUUGCUAAUAGCUUAUCAUGAAUCAUUAGGUAGAAAAGUAAAUGAAAAUAUUAUAGGACAAGAACGAGUAUCACUACGCCGUUAUACUGCUAAACAUUCAGAAAAAUAUGCGGAUGCAAUAAAGCAAACAGAUAAUGUACGCUUAGAUGAUCAGAAUUUUACUGGAAAUAGUGACUAUAGUAAUUUUCAAGUGCAAAUAGAUGGACAGAGAUAUAAACAUCAACAUAGGGGUAAUGAAUCUACAACUGUCGCACAUGUUUUAGUGACAAGACCACCAAAAGAUUCUGAUGCUGUUUAUCAUUAUAGCUCAAGAAAAAUUGCUAAGACCCUUCUUGAUAGUUUAAAUAAUGGCAAAACAGUAAAAUUACUUGCAGAAAAUCUUUAA